AUGGAAAAUCAUUCUUUUCCAUCCAAAGCCAUGGCUCCAACUUUGAAGAAACUGCUACCCUUCUUCCUCUUCUCCAUCUUCUCCUUCUCACCUAUCUCAAGCCACCACCAUCCACUAGACCCUCUAACCCCACCGGAAUUCAACAUAAUACGAUCCAUUGUUCUAAGCUCGUAUGCUGGCUCAAAUCACAACCUCACCUUCCAGUAUGUGGGGUUAGAUGAGCCAGACAAACAAGACAUCCUCUCAUGGUUGUCAAACCAAACCACCACCAAUUACUCGCCUCGACGAGCCUUUGUUAUCACUCGACUCAACAAGCAAACCCAUGAAAUCAUCCUCGACUUGUCGACAAAAUCGAUAAUAUCUGAUAAAAUAUACACUGGCCAUGGCUACCCUGUACUAAACAUGGAAGAACAAACAACUGCAAGUGAACUACCCCUAACAUACCCUCCAUUCAUGGAGUCUAUUAAAGCUAGAGGGCUCAACAUCUCUGAGGUGGUCUGUUCUACCUACAGUGUUGGUUGGUUUGGAGAGAGAAAGAGCUCUAGGGUUUUGAAAAUUCUAUGUUAUUAUACAAAUGGGACUGUGAAUAUAUACGCAAGGCCAUUGGAGGGAAUAACAGUGGUGGUUGACCUGGAUGAAAUGAAGAUCAAAGAAUAUCAUGAUAAGCUUAAAGUUCCAGUACCGAAAGCUGAAGAUACUGAGUACCGAUUGUCUGAGCAGAAGCCACCGUUCGGUCCACGUUUAAACGGCGCAACUAUUCUGCAACCAAAAGGUCCAGGGUUUGUCAUAGAGGGGCACACAAUCAGGUCAGUAUUUACCGUAUAG